GGAAAGCGACUGAUAUUUUCCGAGCAACUAAUUUUCUUCAUGGAACCAUACCCGAUCAGCGCGUUACAUGAAGUUUGAUCGUUAUGAAUAUCCGCCUGAUGUCGAGUUAAAAGAAAGCGCUGCGCCGUUGCUGGGUAGACUUGCUGUUUCUUGGCUGGUAUUCAAUCUUUUAGAUUUGUAAGUAGAUACUAGUCCCAGAGUUAGAACCACAAUAUGACUUCAUAUAAUUUGAAGGUAGCUCUGUGAAUGCCGUAACAAGCUAGUUGGCGUAGUCAUUGAAAUCAUGAUGAACAAAUCGAAGCUGAUUUACGUCAGUCAUUUUCUAUCGGCAUGGGGGGACCGGAUGUGGAAUUUUGCAGUUGCAAUUUUUCUCAUGGAUCUAGCAUCCGAAUCUUUACUUUUGCCAGCUGUAUUUGGCUUAACACUAUCGGGUUCUGUUCUCAUGUUUGGGCCGUUGGUCGGGGAAUGGAUUGAUCGAUCUCCUCGUUUACGUGCAGCACAGACGUCUUUGAUCACACAGAACAGCACAGUUGCAGCGUGCGCUAUCAUUCUUCUGGUUCAGAAAAUCGCCCAUAUAGAAAGUAAUGCAUUCCUUCUUUUUGUGAAGAUAAGUGCAGUAUUCCUGGGUGCAAUUGCAAGACUUGCAAGUGUGGCUUCAUCCAUUAUAGUUCAGAAAGAUUGGAUUGUGGUUAUCGCAGGCGGAGAUGAAACAUUUUUAACAUCGUUAAAUGCAAUGUUGAGGCGAAUUGAUUUGUGUACAAAAUUUCUGGCACCUCUUGUCUGUGGACAACUUAUUACUCUUGUUUCAUUGACAUUUGGAUGUGCAUUUGUGGCUGGAUGGAACCUUGUUUCAAUGUUUGUGGAGUAUAUUUUAUUACGCAUUGUAUAUGAUCACACCCCAGCUCUUGCACUCAAGGUGAAGAAAUCAAGAAAGUCUAAGAGGUCUGACGAUGCUUCGAAUAAUCCAAUGCUUGUUGAUUCUCCAGAUGCUGACGUGGGGGAAGAUUGCACAGUGAAGGAUGAAUUACCACUUCAAGAAAUAGAUAAUGUGUCAAAAGAAACUCUGGUUGAAUCCCCAACUGCGAACAAAGAAUCUGAUAAAAAUGACAGUGCAAAAAAUGAAAAUAAUCAGCAAUCACAGACAUCUAUUUGGAGAAAAAUUUUCUCUUUUCUUUUGAUCAUUCCCAAAGGUUGGAAGCAAUAUAUGUCUCAAUCAGUUGCCAAAGCUGGAAUAGGUUUGGCAUGUCUUUACAUGACUGUACUGGGACUAGAUGCCAUCACAAUUUCAUAUGCUUACAACCAAUGCUUCAGUGAGCUCUUGGUUGGCAUACUUCUUGCAGUAAGUGGUCUGACAGGAAUAGUUGCAACUUUCAUAUUCACACCACUGAGUGCUAAAAUUGGGAUAAUCAAAGCAGGAUUAUUAUCAUCGGUUGCCCAAAUCUUAACUUUGAUACCUUGUGUGAUGUCUGUAUUUGCACCAGGUAGUCCCUUUUUUCUUUUACCUCAAAAUAAAGCACUAGAAACAACUGCCACACCCACAUUCACACCAUAUAACACAAUUGAUGAAAAUAUCACCAUUUCAAACAAUCAUUCCUCUAUAAAUGAUGGUGUAUUUUUGAAAUGUAUGGAUGGUAUUGAUCCUCCUCCAUCCUAUCUUUCACUAACGAUGCUUACUGCAGGCAUAGUGCUUGCACGAAUUGGUCUUUGGGGAUUUGAUUUGGCUGUGACGCAACUCUUUCAACAACAUGUUCCAGAACAAGAGAGAGGAGUUGUUGGUGGAGUACAAAGUUCCUUAAAUUAUUUGAUGGAUCUUAUGCAUUUUAUUUUAGUAAUCGCUCUUCCACAGCCAGACAAGUUUGGUAUUUUAGUGAUUUUGUCAGCCAUUUUUGUGACAGCAGGUCAUUUUUUAUUUGCAUUGUUUGCUCAUAAAGAAUUAGGGGGAUUUUUAUGUUGUUAAACCUUGAAUACACAUUCUUAUUUUUCUAUCUUGCCAUUUGCACUUAUUAUGGUGACUAAACUUUAUAGAAUUGCUAUUUUUUGCAGGAAAGUCGAGUAAACAGGCCUCUCAUAUUUAUCCAUUUGUACAAUAUUGCUAUUAAGUAUUUCUGUCAAUCUUCCAUACCUCCAUAUCUCAUUUAUACACUACACAUAUAUUUAACAAUUUUAUUGCCUUUGCAUUUAUGUUUUUGAAUAUUGCAUCAAGAAUAUGUAUCACUUUAACAGAGGAUAUUGUAUAGGAUCACUGUUAAACUCGUGUCUGUAAAUCAUUUGAUGAUAUUGCAAUGCUAGGAUAACCCAGCUGUUUUUCUUAUUUAUUGAAUUCACCAUAUUCAAAAUAGUGCCGACUGCUGUUAUAAUUAUUAGUAUUCCGGAGUGCCUCUUGUGACCAAAACUGCUGUAAUUUGCUUUCCCAUGACUACACCAAAUAAAAGUUAACUCGCGAAUG